AUGCACCGAGCAAGGCGUCAAUCUCAUCGUGCAACCACAAGAUCCCGAGUUCAUGGCUCGACCUCGUUCGUGAGAGGUCCUCCAAGAGUCCUUUUCGAGAGGGGUAGUCGCGCCCACCAGUGCAACGGCAUUUACUAUUCUCUAGUGGACGACAAGUGCCUGGAAUAUCGCUCGGAAACCAAACAGGGAAAAAACAGGAUUGCUCGCUCAAUCUAUUUUUAUAUUACAAGGACCUUGAAUGGAGAAUUCUUCACGAGAGCUAAAGGAGAAGAGGAGUGGCAACCAGUUCUUGAAAAUAGGGCUGUCUUUAAGAUAAAGAGUGCUUUAAAGGAUAAGGCCCUGAAGAUGGUACGGGACGCUACCGCUCAGGCUAACAUCAUCGAUUCAGACGAAGUUGCUGACAUCAACAACCAAGUCGGGCAUGGAAACGGCCUUGGCAUGGCACCGGCCCCUGUCAUUGUACAACCUACACCUGCCAACACGGGUGCGUUUGAGCCACUAUUCGAUUUUGACAACAGUGGGCAACCUACAGCUGCCAACACCGAUGACGAAAUUUUUGACCAUGUUGCUGGUCUGAUCCACCCACCACAAGACCUCCACAAUGUUGAAACAUACCACACCUUUCCCGAGAACUUUGACUAUGUUGCUGGUCUAAUCCACCCACCACAAGACCUCCAGAAUGUUCAAUACUCUGCAGAAGCCAAUAUCAGCGAUGCUGUACCGCUUGUUGGCGAGGACCAUACAGAGGCUGUUAACGAGAUCUUUGGCCGUCGUUCUGGUCUCGUCCACCCACCACAAGACCUAGAGAACCUUGCACUCCCUGUCGCUGCCAACAUCGGAGAUGCUGUACCACUUGUUGUCGGUGAGAAUCUUACCGAGGUUGUUACCGAGAUCUUUGACCGUCUAGCUGGCUUCGUCCACCCACCACAAGGCGUUGAGAAUCUUGCAUACCGUGCAGCUGCCAGCAUCGGCGAUGCUGUACCCGAACCGCUUGUUGGCGAGAAUCUUACACAGGUUUUCACUCAGAACUUUGACCGUGUUCCUUCUGUGCUAGUGUCUCCCACUGGGACCAAUGAGCCCAUCCCCAGAGCGGACAUUUUUGGCAACGAUGCUCUUUUUCUUCCGGUUUAA